AUGCAUAUCUCUGCGACGAUCCUCGGUUUGGCAGCUAGCAGCUAUGCAUUAGAAGGGAGAGCCACUUCAGCAUCUGCUUACUCUUCCAACUCCGAUGGGAGCUACAAACUCUCUUCAAUUACUGCCCCGGUUCAAGGGUCUGGAGAUCCAGGCUCAUCAUCAACAUGGAAUUUAACCAUUGACGACACAAGCUCCGGCUACAAACAGACUAUCGUUGGAUUUGGUGGUGCUGUUACCGACGCGACAGUCACAUCCUUCAAUACCCUUUCUAGCUCCAACCUCCAAGAUCUUCUCAAUGAUCUAAUGACUGAUUCGGGCGCCAACUUUGCUCUUAUGAGGCAUACUAUCGGCGCCUCCGAUCUUUCUGGAGAUCCAGCUUAUACUUAUGACGACAAUGGUGGUUCUGCAGAUACAUCACUGUCUGGCUUUGGACUUGGCGACCGCGGAACCGCAAUGGCUAAACUGCUAGCUUCGAUGAAGUCCUCCCAGUCUGACCUUACUGUCUUUGGAUCACCAUGGAGUGCUCCUGGUUGGAUGAAAAUCAAUGGAGUCAUUGAUGGAAACACAACGGGGAACAAUCUGGAUGAUGGCUAUCUGGACUCGGGUACCGGGAGCUCUGGUUAUGCCACAGAAUUUGCUCAGUACUUCGUGAAGUACAUCCAGGCAUUCGAAGAUCUAGGUGUCUCUAUCGAUGCUAUUACCAUUCAGAAUGAGCCUCUGAAUAGUCAAUCAGGAUACCCGACCAUGUAUGUAUACGCCGAUGAGUCUGCGCAGCUGAUUCAGAACUAUAUCGGCCCUGCUCUUUCUGAUGCAAGCCUUAACACAAAGGUUUGGGCAUAUGACCACAACACAGAUGUAACAUCUUAUCCACAGACUGUCGUCGAUACUGCAGGCACAUAUGUUGACUCAGUCGCAUGGCACUGUUACGCCACCGACGUUGACUGGACUGUUCUUACCACCUUCCACAACUCCAACCCCAACGUCAAUCAAUACAUGACAGAAUGCUGGACACCAUCCACUGGAUCUUGGAACCAAGCAGCAGACUUUACCAUGGGACCCUUACAAAACUGGGCUGCUGGCGUGACUGCAUGGACCCUCGGCACCAAUUCCGACGACGGUCCACACCUUACCUCUGGUGGUUGCGGCACCUGCACUGGUCUAGUCACUGUCAACGAUGAUGGAAGCUAUACCUUCGAGACGGCCUACUACAUGAUUGCUCAAUUUAGCAAAUUCAUUCCAAAUGGUGCCAAGAUAUUGAGUGGAACCGGCAGCUACACCUACUCUAGUGGUGGAGGGAUUCAAUCUGUGGCCUCAUUGAACCCGGAUGGUACCCGCUCUGUUGUUAUUGAGAAUCUCUUUGAUAACGAUGUCUACGUGACCCUUACUACAGAGAGUGGUGAGGAAUGGUCCGGUGAUAUUCCGAGCGAGUCGGUCACUACUUGGGUACUUCCAGCUUCGUCAUAA